AUGGUUCUCCUACUACAGCUGCUGCUAUGCUAUUUGACCUCUGGCACGGUGGUGAGUGCCAGCCCUAAUCACACUCAUUACUCCUAUCACGAGCUGUGGAUGCUGCAGAACUAUUUCUGGCAGAACUUCCUCUAUCCCACUAACCGGGGGCAUAUAAGAGCCAAUGACUCCUCGAUCUUUGCAGCUGAUGUCCAAGGUCGCGUGCAUGCCACUCGCACAUUUGACGGCCGCGAGCUCAACAACGAGUACAUCUUCGGACUCUUCUCGCAGCCCGACCAUCCGGGCAUCUUCGGGCCGCCCAUCGCCUACAAUAUCACCCAGUUUGCCGCCACCGACAAUAUCGCCGCGGCCACCACGCUCCUCAGCUUCAAUAUCACCACCUUCCAGCUCGUGAUCCCCGCCGCCAUCGACACCUGGUUUCAGUAUGACUCGUCCGGCCGAAUCAUCCAGUACGAUGCCGUCUUCCGCUGGCUGGAUUAUCUCUUCGUGCCCCUCAUGCAGGCGGCGGGGAAGCUCUUCCACCUCGAGGAUUCCGCGGCCAUCCAGACCAAAGUAGCGUCCCUCCUCGCGGACGCCAUCUGCCAGACCCACCAGGACCAUUGCCAUGGAGCCAACCAGCAGUACGCCUCCAAGGAGGACUGUCUGGUGUUUCUGACCCGGAGGGUGCGCUUCGGACAACCAUACGAAAUGGGUCAGAACACUUUGCUGUGUCGCGAAGUGCAUGACAACAUGGUGCAGUUCAACCCGUCCGUGCAUUGUCCCCAUAUCGGUCCCAAUGGUGGGGGUUAUUGUGUCGACGACCGGACUUACCAGCAAGUGGUGCUGGAGAAAUACUUCCAGCGGUCGUGGGUGCCUUACGGCUAUGCAGACCACAAUCCGUGGGUGGCUGGAGGAACACCCUGA